AUGGUUUGGCCGAUGGUGUUCAAGGGGCCAUGCACCGGCCCCAUCGAGUUCACGCUCGAAGGGGUGGUCAAAGCCCCCGUUGACAAGUCAACGUUCUCCCUGGACCAUUGGAUCACCUUCCAAUACCUUAGCGGGGUUUUGAUCAACGGCGGUGGCACGUUCGAUGGCCAAGGGCAAUAUGCUUGGCCUGACAACAAAUGCGCUUGCAAGUCUCUUCCAGUGUCAUUGAGAUUCAAUUUCGUCAACAACACAUUGAUCCGCUCGAUUAGUUCGGUGAAUAGCAAGAACUUCCACUUUGUCCUCUUCUCCUGCGAUGCUCUCGAGUUUUCGGGUGUGCGGAUAACUGCCCCUGGAGACAGUCCCAACACGGACGGGAUCCACAUAGGCUACUCAUCCCGCAUCAAGAUCGCUAACUCCGUGAUCUCGACCGGGGACGACUGCGUCUCGAUCGGGCCGGGGUCCAAGGACAUCGAGAUCGUUGGUGUCCACUGUGGGCCGGGCCAUGGGUUCAGCGUGGGGAGUCUCGGGAGGUACCCGAAAGAGGCGGACGUGACCGGGCUGUCCGUGAGGAGUUGUACUAUGGUUGGCACUCAGAAUGGUGUGAGGAUCAAAACGUGGGCUUCUGCCACUAAAAGCAAUGCCUACAAUAUCUCUUUCAAUGACAUUACCAUGAAGGAUGUGCUAAGUCCCAUUAUUAUUGACCAAGAGUACUGUCCCGGUGGUGGUUGUUCUAAGCAGCUGGGGUCAAAUGUUCAGAUCAAGGACGUUUCGUUCACAAAGAUCCGGGGCACUUCGGCUUCGCAGGUGGCGGUCAACCUCCUAUGCAGCCCAAACGUUCCUUGCCAGAACAUCACUCUUGAAAACAUCGACUUGGUUUACACCGGCCGCGAAGGGCCUGUGAAAUCGUACUGUGCUCAUGUGAAAGGCGGCGCUCGCGGCGUACAAAGGCCACAGUCUUGCAUUUAG